CCUCUCUCUCUCCGGCUCGUUAUUCAAGUUUAUCAUCGGAUUCGAGGACCUCCACGAAACUUGGUUGCUGUCUUUGUUUUUGCCAAGACCCAUCUAUGUUUUUUUUUUUUUUUUUAUAAAUCUCCUGCCAAAAGUCCAAGACCCAUCUUCAAGACACUCCUUUGCGCGAUUAUAUUUUGGCUUUUCGAUUUUUCGUCGGCGCGAUUAUCCCUUUGGGCCAGAGACUUGACUUCUCGUGGAAGAUCAGUCUUCUUCUCUCCUUGGUGACACCCUCCAUGGUUGGCCAUUCGAGCGUCCCGUUUCUUGAUUCGGGAUCUUGCGUCAAUUUGCGACAUUGAAAACCACUCCUAAAUCUCAUCCACCUUGAAGGAGAUUUGGGGUGGCGGAACUUCACAUUCCGUCGAUUUCCAAUUGAAGAUGACAGCAGUAGUUCGGUUAAUUCGCCAAUCUCGAGCUGCUUUCGGGCACCGACAUUAUUACCACCCCUGUAAUCUUUCCAGGAGACACAAACUAUUGGUCUAUUCGAAUUUAACACGAAGGCUGCCCAGGUGCUAUGACGAAAUAGCUGUAUUUGGACAACCUAACUUAGAGAAUUCAAGAGCUCUCUCUGUCGAUGCUGCUAAAAUAAGUACUGGAGAUGCAAGUCGAGCGGGGCCGCUCAUCGAGUAUGACCGUCGAAUUGCUGCGGGUGAACUUGUGGAUGGUGAUAUGUGCCAGGUGGGCACUCUACAAGAGCUGCAGAGACUUUAUGAUGAGCUUGUCGCUUCAGCUGAUGCCUGUAGAUUGGAUCGUUAUUCUUCAGAGAAAGCAGGAAGGAGUCGGUGGUUGUGGUCUCGUUUUAUGCCGCAGAGUACAUACUCACCUGUGAAAGGUCUCUACCUAUAUGGUGGGGUAGGCACCGGAAAAACCAUGUUGAUGGACUUGUUCUUCAAUGAGCUGCCUGGAAAUUGGAGGAAAAAGAGGAUCCAUUUUCAUGACUUCAUGUUAAAUGUCCAUGGUCGCUUGCAAAAACAUAAGGGUGUGGCAGAUCCGCUCGAAGUUGUUGCAGGAGAAAUAUCUGAUGAGGCGAUUUUAUUAUGCCUCGAUGAAUUUAUGGUAACUGAUGUUGCUGAUGCCUUGAUCCUUAACCGUCUAUUUAGGCAUCUAUUUGCUAAUGGUGCCAUACUUGUCUCAACUUCAAAUCGUGCUCCUGAUAAUCUCUAUGAAGGUGGACUGCAGAGGGAUCUUUUCCUGCCGUUCAUUGCCGCUUUAAAGGAAAGAUGUGUAGUUCGUGAAAUUGGAUCUCUUGUAGACUACAGAAAGAUGACUUCGGCAGAGCAAGGUUCAUACUUUGUUGGCGACAAUUCAUCUGCAUAUCUCCUGCAAAAGUUCCAGCAUUUGAUUGGGGAACACACAACCGCAAGACCUCAAGAGGUUGAAGUCGUAAUGGGACGCAAACUGAAGGUUCCGCUUGGUGCUAAUGGAUGCGCCUAUUUUCCCUUUGAGGAACUAUGUGAUCGGCCUCUUGGUGCUGCAGAUUAUUUUGGUUUAUGCAAGAAUUUUCACACACUGGCAUUGGAUGGCGUGCCAAUUUUUGGACUGCAUAAUAGGACUGCAGCUUAUCGGUUUGUCACUUUAGUUGAUGUAUUGUAUGAAAACAAGGCUAGGCUACUGUGUACGGCUGAGGGCAGCCCACAUGAAAUUUUGGAUAGGAUAGUGACAAUUGCAGAUGCACAGCAGAUGUCACCUAGAACCUCUUCGAGGUCAAGGAGAAGUGACAAUUUGGACCUUUGCGUUGACAAUGAACUCGGAUUCGCUAAAGACCGCACUAUUAGCCGAUUAACGGAGAUGAACAGCAAGGAGUACCUAGAGCAACACACGGCCAUGUUGUCGGGGAAGCACAUCGCCGAAUAAAGUAGCGAGGCAAAUACCGUAACAGGAUGAAACAAUAAACUCAAAGGCCGGCAAUCAAACUGUUGUAAGCAUUAAUAAUUUGCUAGGACGGGUAUGGCUUUGGUGACUAUACUAACCGUCUACCCGAUGUUGAUUCGAGCCGGCGGAAUAACUCCCGAUUCUUUGCCUCUGAAGGCCUGUUGUAACUUAGAUGGGAGCUGUAGCAAAUGGUUUUAGAGGGACAGCUUCAGCCAA